AUUCUGGUUGAUGUUUUGCCUAUGCGUGUUUAUUUCCACUAUGAAUUUGUGUUUGUAGCAAACAUUCCAGAAUGCUUAUCACUUUCAAAUUAAUCCUCUAACAAAAGAGAAGGGAAAUCGGGAUGUGAACUGUGUGUGCAAAGUAUAGUAAACAGUGUUGUCUUUUAAUACAUGCUGAACGUUUAUAUUUUUAUACUAAUAUCCUUGACUUAUAAUCCCAGGGAAAUGCUUUCCUUCCGAAAGUUCUGCUCUUAAUGUGUUUAUAUUUUGAGUGCCGUUUGGUAAUCUUUUGAGGUACAUAAUGGACACUAAACUGAGCAGAGGGGAAAUAGCUACACGCGCCACUACAAAACCCCGAAAAAACAGACUAGGCUGAGCACCUAACUGUGGCUCAGAGAGAAGCAACUACAACUGUCGUUCAUGAGUCAGAAACUCUCCUUCUCCUCUUCCUCCCAUCUAUGGAAAAAUAAAACAUGUUCAUUACCCCUGGGUCUGGCCACUGUAAGAAAAUCUACAGGCACAUAUAUUUUCCUGUAUGUAUGAAGUGCGUGUCUCUCUGUGCUUCUAAAGGGCACAGUGCUUAUGGGGCAGAGGGCAACGCCUCACUAGUCAGCCCUCCCGGCUGGGAGGUCUGAGUGCCUUGUGUUUGAAGUAACUUGAUAACAAGGAGUCUUUUCGGGAACCCUUCUAUGUGUGUGCUCCUUCAGUAAUGACCCUCAAAUUAAACCUGGCACUGGGUGGCCGAGCUAGCACUUGACCUCAUGGAAAGAUACUAGAAGUAAGGGAAGUUUGGGCAAAUCCAAAAUUUCUCGGGUAGGUCACUUCUCACAGUUUUGUGUUUUCUUGAGGAAAAUUCUUGAAUUACACUCAAAUGUCUAUAUUUUUAUAGAAUUUAUAAGGCUUUUAAUGGUGCUUAGGAGCAAACGAUCCUAAAAUGAAAGUCAGUCACUAAAAAUAAAAGAAACUAAGUCUUUAAAAAGUUUUAGCUUGAAGGCAAGAAAGAGGCUUGGGGAUUUUUUUUUCUGCCCUUGCUCCCCACCCCCCAACCCCCCCCACACACACACACUUUGCUUGGUUUCUUUUUCUUUUCUUCUCUUUUCCCCCCCUCUCCUGAAUCCUUUUGUUGCUGCAGCUGUUGUACCUGCAUAUUUUGGUGUGUGUGUGUGUGUGUGUGUGUGUGUGUGUGUGUGUGUGUGUGUGUGUGUGUGUGUGUGUCCUCUCCUCACCCUUCAUCUCUCCCUCUCUGCUGUUUGGGGUGGCCAGAGUAUUUUCUGAGGGGGACAGGGGAGAAGUAGGAAGAGGAAGAGGCUGUUGCUGAACUCGGCAGCCCCCCCACCCUGAUCCAACUCAGGCAGCUCCUGUCAGCUAGCUGUGCUGUGAGAGGACUGUGAGAGGUGAUCGCUGGCAUUCCGGGAUUCUUCGUAGGUCUGACCUGAGAGUAACACACUCAGAGUCGAGGAGAAAGGGGAAAAAUAGAGGAGGAAGAAAGAAAAGCUCUUUGAGCUGGAAUACACUGGCCCUUUCUUCCUGGAGGCAAUCCGCUCUGGUUCUUGGCGACGUGUCCUGCACUAUCAGAUAUCAUAUGACUUUUUAUUUAGAUUUCUUUUUGGAGAAUGGCCUGUUAGGACUCUGUUUGUUUUCUUUUAUUUAAUUUCCUUCUCCCUUCACCCGCUAGUUUUGUGUAUCUGUGUGUCAGAGUGUGUGCACGCAUGCAUAUGUGUGUGCAAUUUUUAUCUUUGUUUUUGUUCUGUUGAUCUGAUGCUUUAUUUAAGAACAAAGCUUUAAUUAUUUCAGUAUAGUGGUUUAAUCAUUUGCCAAAAAGAAACCUCAUUCCAGGCUUUUGGAGGGUGGGGGUCCAUUUUUAAACACACCCAUCAACACAGGAGGCCGCAGCUCCCAGUGCCUGCUGGUCAGACCUUGGCCCACUCCCCACCCUCAUUUACCCUCCUCCUCAGCAGCAUGCACAGCAGCGUGAGGUAGGAAACACCUGUGCGGAGCUGUGAGGGAAAUAAAAGUAGAGGCGACUUCUUCAAAUCUGGGCUCCUGCUUUCACUUUAAUAAACUUUUUUUUCCGAUCCUUGAUUUUUUUUUUUCUUCUUUUUGGCACCCUCUGUUGAGCUUGAAAACAUCAGAGAUAGUUAGGGUAUGUCUGUGGCGCUUUUGUGAGGCCAGCUGAGCACCACUGGAAAGUGGAGCAGGAGUUGCAAUCCAUUCAGAGACUUAAGAUUAAGUAAGAGGUUUAAAUAAGGUCUUUGAGCUCUGUGGGCUGCUCCUCAGGGCCUGGGGAUAGGUGGUAAAUGGGGUAUCUGGGGUAUUCAAGGCAGGGAAAGAGAAAUUUCCAAACAGAAGAGAGACGGCAUUUUUGCUGUAAUUAGUUCUUUUAAAACCUUAACUCGGUCAAAUUUUUUAUUUUAUAUCUCUCAAAAUUUAGCUGACCAGUGAGUGAUCAGGUAUCUUUGCACGCUUGCUGUGAAAAACAAUUAUACUGACAAUUAUUGCUGAAUUUACCCUACAAUUUGAUGUAUUUCUUUUUUAGUUUUAAAGAGUUUAGAUUUUAGUUAGAAAAAAAAGCAUAACUUCUCUUGACGUGCAUAAGGUUGUCUAUACAUUAUUCUUGCCAUACAGAACAUACUAGAUUCUGAUUGUGUGUGUAUGUUUUUGUGUUACAACAUGCAAGACUGCCUUAAAGAUUCAGGUGACCGCUACAUCCUUCAGACCUGUAGAUUUUAGCUUCUUGUUACUUGCUCUGAAAUUAUUUUUAAUGGACCUUUAAUGUGUGAUGUCUUUUUUUUAUAACCAAUGGUGAGUUUUGUUGAAACUUGAAGAGAAAUUUAUUCCACCCCUUUAAGAGUACCCAAAAGGGAAGGGAGAACUAUUCUCUUUCGGCUCAAAAAAUUUUUUUAGAAACCUUUUUCCCCCAACGGAAAACUCCAAAACAGCUCUGUCUCAGAACGUUAAACUUGGCAUGGGUAAGAAAUGUAAGGCUGUCGGUUUGUGGGAUUCUACUCUGAGGCACCUUCAGUGAGUCUCCUCAGUUUUCCAGAAGGGAAAAGGGCAGGAGCUGAGCUCAGACCUGGAUACCCUUCUAACUAUCAUAGAGAAAAAGUGAAUUGCACACUAAGGCUUGCACACUGUACUUAGGAUGCAGCCACUCUCUGUCCCCUGCCCCAAUGAACAUCUGCACUAGGCCCAAGCCUUGGAGUGAUUUACUGAAGAGUAACGCCAAUUAUCUGGAAACUACUAUGAGGAAACUGAAGCCCAGAGAGGUGAAGUGAGGUGCCCAAAGCCACACAGCAAGUUGCAGGCACAGCUAGUCCCGUAGCUCAAGGCUCCUGACUCCCAGUCCAGUGCUCUUCCCAUUACUCCACGGGUCCUGACUCUAAGCUUCCUGACAAAUGCUAGAACGGAAGAAACCCAAGACAGCUGAGAACCAGAAGGCAUCUGAGGAGAAUGAGAUUACUCAGCCGGGUGGAUCCAGCGCCAAGCCGGGCCUUCCCUGCCUGAACUUUGAAGCUGUUUUGUCUCCAGACCCAGCCCUCAUCCACUCAACACAUUCACUGACAAACUCUCACGCUCACACCGGGUCAUCUGAUUGUGACAUCAGUUGCAAGGGGAUGACCGAGCGCAUUCACAGCAUCAACCUUCACAACUUCAGCAAUUCCGUGCUCGAGACCCUCAACGAGCAGCGCAACCGUGGCCACUUCUGUGACGUGACGGUUCGCAUCCACGGGAGCAUGCUGCGCGCGCAUCGCUGCGUGCUGGCAGCCGGCAGCCCCUUCUUCCAAGACAAGCUGCUGCUGGGCUACAGCGACAUCGAAAUCCCGUCGGUGGUGUCCGUACAGUCAGUGCAAAAGCUCAUUGACUUCAUGUACAGCGGUGUGCUGAGAGUCUCACAGUCGGAAGCUCUGCAGAUCCUCACAGCCGCCAGCAUCCUGCAGAUCAAAACAGUCAUAGAUGAGUGCACACGCAUCGUGUCUCAAAAUGUGGGCGAUGUGUUCCCAGGCAUCCAGGAUUCUGGCCAGGACACACCGAGAGGCACACCAGAGUCAGGCACAUCCGGCCAGAGCAGUGACACGGAAUCAGGCUACCUGCAAAGCCACCCACAGCACAGUGUGGACCGAAUCUACUCUGCACUCUACGCUUGCUCCAUGCAGAAUGGCAGUGGUGAGCGCUCCUUCUACAGCGGUGCAGUGGUCAGCCACCACGAAACUGCUCUGGGCCUGCCCCGUGACCACCACAUGGAAGACCCCAGCUGGAUCACACGCAUCCAUGAGCGCUCCCAGCAAAUGGAGCGCUACCUGUCCACCACCCCUGAGACCACGCACUGCCGCAAGCAGCCCCGGCCUGUGCGCAUCCAGACCCUGGUGGGUAAUAUCCACAUCAAGCAGGAAAUGGAGGAUGACUAUGACUACUAUGGGCAGCAAAGGGUGCAGAUCCUAGAGCGCAAUGAAUCUGAGGAGUGCACAGAAGACACUGACCAGGCAGAGGGCACAGAGAGCGAGCCCAAAGGUGAAAGCUUCGAUUCUGGAGUCAGCUCCUCUAUCGGCACCGAACCUGACUCAGUGGAGCAACAGUUUGGGGCAGGAACCACGAGAGAGGGUCAGGUGGAAGCUGCCCAGCCCGAGCAGGCAGCAGAAGCCCCAGCCGAGAGCAGUGCCCAGCCAAACCAGCUAGAAACAGGUGCCUCCUCUCCCGAGAGAAGCACCGAGGUAGAGAUGGACAACACAGUCAUCACUGUCAGUAACAGCUCCGAUAAGGGCGUCCUACAGCAGCCUUCAGUCAACACAUCAAUCGGGCAGCCAUUGCCAAGUACCCAGCUCUAUUUACGCCAGACAGAAACCCUCACCAGCAACCUGAGGAUGCCUCUGACCUUGACCAGCAACACACAGGUCAUUGGCACAGCUGGCAACACCUAUCUGCCAGCCCUCUUCACUACCCAGCCCGCGGGCAGUGGCCCCAAGCCUUUUCUUUUCAGCCUGCCACAGCCCCUGACAGGCCAGCAGACCCAGUUUGUGACAGUGUCCCAGCCAGGCCUGUCCACCUUUACUGCACAGCUGCCAGCGCCACAGCCCCUGGCCUCAUCUGCAAGCCACAGCACAGCCAGUGGGCAAGGCGAUAAAAAGCCUUAUGAGUGCACUCUCUGCAACAAGACUUUCACAGCCAAACAGAACUACGUCAAGCACAUGUUCGUACAUACAGGUGAGAAGCCCCACCAGUGCAGCAUCUGUUGGCGCUCCUUCUCCUUGAAGGAUUACCUUAUCAAGCACAUGGUGACACACACAGGAGUGAGAGCAUACCAGUGUAGCAUCUGCAACAAGCGCUUCACCCAGAAGAGUUCCCUCAAUGUGCACAUGCGCCUGCACCGCGGGGAGAAGUCCUAUGAGUGCUACAUCUGCAAAAAGAAGUUCUCCCACAAGACCCUGCUGGAGCGACAUGUGGCCCUGCACAGCGCCAGCAACGGGACCCCUCCAGCAGGCACACCCCCAGGUGCCCGCGCGGGUCCGCCAGGCGUGGUGGCCUGCACAGAGGGGACCACUUACGUCUGCUCCGUCUGCCCAGCAAAGUUUGACCAAAUCGAGCAGUUCAACGACCACAUGAGGAUGCAUGUGUCUGACGGAUAAGUAGUACCUUUCUCUCUUUCUUAUGAACCAAACAAAACAACAACAAAAGAAAUAAACAAACAGACAGACAACAAGCUAUGGCACUAGAAUUUAAGAAAUGUUUUGGUUUCAUUUUUACUUUCUGUUUUUGUUUUUGUUCCGUUUCAUUUUGUACUACAUGAAGAACUGUUUUUUGCCUGCUGGUACAUUACAUUUCCGGGGGCUUGGGUGGAUAAUACUUUUCCCAGUCUCCCUUGGAUGGUGGCCUUAAGGCCUGGUAGUGCUUCAAGAGGUCCACUGGUUGGAUCUCUAGCUACUGGCCUCUAAAUACAACCCUUCUUUACAAAAACAAAACAAAAAAACAAACAAACAAAAAAAACAAAAACAAAACAAAAAAAUAAAACAAAAAAAGCAAAAAACCACACACACACACAAAAAACAAAAAAAUCUUUUAAAAAAGUUUUAAAAAAUGUUUAAAAAAGAAAAAAUUGUUUUUCCACUCGUGAAGAGCACUACAAAAUUUAUUACGAGAUGUAAAGGCCUGCUGUCUUUAAGUACACCGCUCACAGUGUUUCAGUGGACAUUUCACAAUUCUGGCCACUUGGACUUCACAGUAAGCAGUUUAAACUGUGGAAAAUCACUUCUGGUUGAAAACCCAGAGGAAAGGCCCUGCUGUUUCCACCCCUACGUUGUCUGAUUUCAUUAAAGGGCUCUGGGAUGGGAUGGGGCGGUGAGCCAGGUGGUGUGAGGGAAACUGUGUGGCCGGCUUCUCCCCCAGACCCGCCCGGUCCACACACCCUCACCCACCUCCUCCGCAUCCCCGCCCCUUUCCGCAGAACCAGGAAGACUUGGACGAGCAACAAGCAACAGUGGCCAUCGUAUUUAUUCAGUGUCUUCGCUGAGCCAGAGCCUCAGCACAAUCCAGAGGGACUUUCAUGAAAGGCAGGAAUGCAGAUAAAACAAAGAUUACAGAUUUGCACCUAUGUUUCUAGGUACAAGAGAAGGAUUAUUUCCAACAAUCUUUGCAAAAAAAAAAAAAAAGUGUCAGGAUAUAUUCUUGUGGAAGAGAAAAAGAAAGAGAAAUGGAGGGUGGGGGGAACUGUAAAAGUUCUUGAGGCUUUUUUUAAUUCAAAAAUUUAUAGAGGGGCAAAAGUGAUGUUUACCAGAUAGAAUGCUGAUUUUUUUAAUAUAUUUACAACAGUAUUUGUGUAAAAAAAAAAACAAAAAAGUGAGAUUGUUAAAGUGAUUUUUUUUCUCGUUUUGUUCUGCAUACACUGCCACCGCCCCCUUCUUUUACUUUGUCUCUCACACAUAUAUAUAUUUUUUGGUAAGUCAAGACUGUUAAGGUUAGCGAUACUGCUUCCAGAUAGAAAGAAUAAAAGGCAACUAAAGCUAUAUUUGAAAGAGAGGAAGGAUAUUUUCUUCAUAUUUUUUUCUUAGUUUUUAUUAUUUUAAAGUAUUGCCUGGGUUGCUGAGGGCCUCCGAGGCCUGCCCGCCCUGCUGUAAUUUCGACUGCUGCUCUGUUUUGAUGCGUAGAUCUUUGACUUGUAGCAAGCUUAAGGGGCUCCACUGAGUAUCACCGUCCGUCUAGAAUUCUGUCCUUUGUCACGGGAGGGAAGUGCUCUUUUAGAAGCAGAUUUCUUACUUCUCCAUCGUCUCACUGAGCUCUUAGGAUUCUAGAGUUUCCAUUAACCUUGCUUUUUCCUAUGGUGAAACACUAGUGGUCUAGAGAUCUUGACUAGGGGUUCAUUUCCUUUAUGAUCCGCCAGGAGACGGAAUCCACAUGCCUCUACCCUGCUCCUCACCUCUCCACUGUGUGAGCAUCACUACGAGAAGCCUGUUACAAGCCACAGUGCAUUGAUGCCAAAACUCCUUUCUCCUUUCACAGCCUCUGACUCUCUCCAUCAUGGCUGACAGGGCUGAGUAGGAUGACCAUUCUUUAGUUGAUUGUUGACUCUUGUUUUUUUUGGAAAUUAACAGUUUCUCUAUGCUAACAUCCAGCUUUCAGAAGGCCAGGGAUCUCCAGCAUCAUCCCAGAUGCCGCCCUUUCUAGUUGGGGUUUCUCUCUUUGGUCUUGAUCAAGAAAUCGUAAGAUUUUCCAGUUAUAGACAAUGUCCUAAAGGGAUUCCAGCUAAAAAAAAUAGGACUUUUAAAACCUAGCUAAUACUUGCUAAGUAAUUUCAUGACUGGCCAUGUUUUAGCAUACUUAAAAGGAAAAAUAACUAUUUCAACAAUAUAAAAACACAAAACUACAUUUUUUUUAGAAAGAAGAAAGGGUAUUUUCUUUUCUAAAUUGUUCUACAUUUUAAUUCAAUUUUCCUCUGAAUUUUCCUGUUAGCAUUUUAUUUACAAAAAAAGAAAAAAAAUGCAGCAAAUGAGGGGAAAUUUUCCAAGGCAAGCAACUCUAUAAUGACUAAAUUGGUUUUAUUCAUAUAUUUUAGACAAUUGGUUGACUUGGAUCUUUCCAUAAGUUCUUUGUGAUGUUUAGUAGUUUGUGCAGCUGGAGUAUUUGUGGCGUUGAAGUUGGUCUUAUGGUGCUUAAUUCAGUGGAUGUUUUGCUAGAAGUUGUAGUGUGGAUUUGGAUGGGUAACUGACUACUGAGUAUCACUUAUUGUGAUGACUGAGAAGAGGACACCCAAGAACUUGUGUGACCUGUUUUAAAAAUUAGCUUCAGAAACACAGAAGUUCUCCCUACCCUACGUCAUGCUGUUUUUGCUGUUGUUAGUAUUCCAAGUCAAGAGUGACUUAAUGUUUCUUUACCACCAAUAGAGGGAGCAUUAAGUAAUGACGUCAUGGAGUCAUUUGUAUAGUUCAAAAAAUCUGAGUCCUUUAACCCAUCAGGAAAAAAAAGGAACGCUGUGAUUAUUUUUUUCUUAAUCUGGAGGGAAAAAGACAUGAAAUCACUCAUCGUAUAAAGCAAGUAAAAGAAAGCCAAGGCCCAGUUUCAGUUAUCUUCACUGUUGAUAGGAGCACAUUCAAAGUAGUGUCUCUAGUCAAACUUCAGUAAAGUAGUCAGAACUCAGACUGUUCCUGGGAAGACUUAAAUCUUGAGUGCCAUUAGGUCACACUUCCAUCUGCUAUGACAUCUGAAAGAAUCCCAUUUGUCUUAAUGCUGAUUUUCCAUUGUCAAAAGGCUAAGCAACUGGGUUUAAAAUCCAGUAUUUGUUGUAGAGCGUGUUAAAAAAAAGACACCAGGUGAUUUGAAACUCUGGGACACAUCCUUUCCUUGUAAAGGGAAGAUCUCCUUUGAAAACCUGGCUGGAGAUCCCUGUGGAAUUCUUGGUUAGGUCCUACUGCACAGGCUCACUCCUACUGUACCCCCACCCCCAACAUCUCCCAACCGAAAAUACUGCUUUCUAGAAUUGAAAGGACACGCGAUUGGCAUCAGAGCUCCAAACCGGUGAAGCUUCCUUAGUGCUAGUGCGGCACAUCUGGCCUCUCGAGGGCUGGUUUCCAGCUGCCCUACAUUGUAGGGGAGAAGCCAGUCUGCACCUGCUUCAAAAAGUUACCGGUGCUUCCAGGAUUGCCCACAUGCACUCACUAUUUCACAACCACAAGAAAGAGAGGGUGAGAACGAGGGCCAUUAUUUGGUUUUCAGUCCUACAGUUUUUAUGGUGGGAUGCUAUCAGUUCUUUUAAAACUAGAAAACAAACAAACAGAAAAGGUCCUUUUAGUAUUCAGGAACACUUGCACAUGUGUGCAAGCACACACGUGCACACGCUCACACAUGAUGGAAGCAGGUGUUCCAGGCAGAAGGCCUCUUGAGAAGUUUAGGGAACAGGAACUGGUAUGCAAAAGAAUACUAGUUUAAAUUUUUUUUAACCAAUCUAUGACUUUAACAAGGAAUUUGUUAAAUACAAAAAACAAAAGACUACCAGCAUUUGUACAAAAAGAGCCCCUAACUGUAUAAAAUAUAGCCCCCCAAAGGACAUUAAUUACACCUAAAGGAUAUGAUUCAGCUCUAAAAUAAAAAACAUUGAGAAACACACACACACACACACACACACACACACACACACACACACACACAGUAUUCCUAAAUGAAAAGCUUUAGAGAAGUAUUUCCACCGUUGUAAACUUACCCUCCUCACAGCCAUUCGGCAGGCUCUCUCACCCAAGCUCUUUUUGCCAGGAGUUAGGAUGCUAAGUAAUUCUGGCUCAUGCCCCAGAUGCUACCAUUCCUCUCUCCCUACCUAGGAGGUCACAGGAGCUGCUGGCUUUAGAAAGACUUGGGCUUGCCUAAGAGAAACUUUAUUGUAUGUCAUAAUAUCAUGGAAGGACCAAGAAAGCUCUUUUCAGUCCAUGAACAGGGAGUUCAUGUGUCUGAGACUGGGCAGCAAGAGCCUCCCCUGGGCACGCCUGUUUCAUGUCAGUCUUCCUGUCAGCAUCUGCGUGUGCUUCCUUCUCACACACCAUCCACCAUCAUGUGGCCUGCUGAUGCCCCAAAGCAGUGUUUUCUUUCAGUAUAGAAUAAACUGGAAGUGUAUGCCUCAACAAACCCCUCAGGUCCCCAGGAAAAGUCCUUGUUGCAAUCCUCCAAGUUACUCCAACACCACUGUCCUGAGGAAUGAUGGCAAGGAUGCAUAGCAGAUAUGCCCGUUGUGAGGCUUCCCCUGAUGUCGCAGAGGGGGUUGGUUUGAUUAGCUAGGGCUAGCCAUCGGAGGUGUGUGGGUCUACAGAAGAUCACAUCUGGCAGGUUCUGCUCUGACCAGGGCAGCUGCAGCUAAGGGAACAAAAAGGUUGUAGCCCAGGAGCAGACAGGAGAUACCCUGGGGAGGAAAGAGAAGAGAGGGUGGUGCCCUUUCUGCUGUGACCUGACUCUUAAAAGAAACCCUCUAAAAAGAAUUCUUUAAUUUAGUAAUGAGUUGAAGUCUAGGGUAAUGGAAGCUCUGGGGAGGAGAACAAAAGAAUUGCAAAAUGUAUUCAGUACCCAACAAUACCAAACCAGAAAACAUCCAAUCACAAAGCUAGGAAGUUUGGCAAGAGGUACUUAGGGAAACCUCCAGCCUUUUCCAUGGGUAGGGUCGGCAGACUUUCUUUUGAGUGAUUUCUGGCUCAGAGAAACCUCUUUACUCACUAGAAAAGAACUUUAUUUAAAUGGCCAAUUCUGUACCCCCCCCCCUUCCCGGGGGGGAUUUUUUUUAAAGACAGAAAAGAAAAAUAGGACACUAAAGACAGAACCAUGUGAGUUGGUGACAAACAAAAGAAAGGGGACACUAGAAUUUCAAUGGACUCCCCAUUGGAUAGAUUU